AUGUCCAGCGAUAUCAAUAUCCCACUCGAUCUAACGGUGGAGAUACUCAAGAAACUUCCGGCGAAGUCUCUGGCGAGGUUCCGAAGCGUCUCGACUGAGUGGGAAAGAAUUAUCAAUAAAUUCAUAGUCAUUAACUCGAUCGUGACUCGGUGUUUGACUACACCACCGCGUGAUCUCCACUUAAUCUUAAAUAGGCGUUCGUCCUCUGAGUUCACCAACCUCUCGUAUAGUUUCCUUUAUCCUCAGAUCACAAACGAAGAACAACUCUAUAACGAGUAUAUCUUUGAAAAUAGCAAAGGCUAUGACUUUCGGACAAGCUUUCAAUACGUACGUGGCUUGAUCGGUUUUCAGUGUUCGGGUAAUGGUCCGUUCAGAAUACACAACCCUACCACGAGGCAAUUUGUUAGCUUACCCGUUACGUGUUUGCCCGCGACAUGCAUCUACUUAUUCGGGUCCGAAGUUUUUGAUCAUAUUCAAUCUCCAGAAGAUCUGCCGGUUCACCGUUUAGAUUUUACUCUUGUAAACUACCAAGAGAAGUUGGGAUGCAUGUGUUGUAACCAACUCAACAAAAACGAUGUGGAUAUGUGGGUUAUGGAGAAUGCCGAGAAACAAGAGUGGUCAAAGGUAACAUUUGUGGCCAUGCUUCAAGAUUUACCAAAAGCAAUCACAUUUGCGGGUGUCACUCAUCCUGGUGGUGAAAUGGUUUUCGUCCCUCAGGCUUAUAGCAAUACCUUGGCUUCAGAAGUUUAUUAUUACGAUCCAAAACGGAAUAGUAGUAGAAUAGCUAAAGUCCAAACUACAACGUCCUUACUCGAAAUAGAGCCUAGGGAUAAUGUUAGAAUCUGGGCUGUCACGGAUCAUGUUGAGAAUAUUAUGCAUUUGUAG